AUGCCCUCAAAUAAGCUAAAGGCAGUAGGCAGAAUGGGCGCAUCACAGAGUGCUCUAGAGAAAUCAAUCAAAGCAGCCCUUGGUGGUGACGAUAGCCUUUACGCGUUCCCUGAGAAGUCUUUCUAUCAAAACAGUGAUGUCAAACCCUAUAAUCUCUCAAUACCAAUCACGCCGGCCGCUAUAACAUACCCGAAGACCACUGCUCAAGUUGCGGCAAUCAUCAAAUGCGCGGUGGAAACGAAUCUCAAAGUCCAGGCUCGAAGCGGUGGCCAUAGCUAUGGCAAUUACUCCCUUGGUGGAGUAAGCGGUGCAGUUGUUAUCGACUUGAGAAAUUUCCAGCAGUUUUCCAUGGAUCGUACAACCUGGCAGGCCACAGUAGGAGCAGGCACUCUGCUCGGCGACCUCACAAAACGUAUGCACGAAGCUGGCAACCGUGCCAUGGCGCACGGCAUAUGUCCACAAGUCGGAAUCGGUGGACACGCAACAAUUGGAGGCUUGGGACCAAGCUCCCGUCUCUGGGGGUCUGCUCUUGACCAUAUUGAGGAAGUCGAGAUCGUACUUGCAGAUUCAACGAUUAGGCGCUGCUCGGCUACACAAAAUCCUGAUAUUUUCUGGGCAGUGAAAGGAGCGGGUGCGAGUUUUGGCGUCGUGACUGAAUUUAAGCUUCGCACAGAGCCAGAGCCUGGUGAAGUUGUUGAGUUCGAGUACUCAUUCACGGUGGGCUCGUAUGCGUCUAAAGCGGCAGUGUUUAAGAGAUGGCAGAGCUUGAUUGCCGAUCCAGGACUUACACGCAAGUUCGCUACCAAAGUCGCCAUUACUGGGAUCGGGAUGAUUAUUUCUGGGACGUAUUUUGGCUCUAAAGCUGAAUAUGAUGCUUUCGAUAUGAAAAGUAAACUCGGGGGAGACUCAGUUGCCAAAACAAUUGUGUUUCAAGACUGGCUAGGACUCCUGGGCCAUUGGGCUGAAGAUGCUGCGUUGCUUUUUGCAGGCGGACUGCCCUCUCAUUUCUAUAACAAGACCCUGACUUUCAACGGCGCUACUUUGAUCUCGGACGAGGUCAUUGAUAACCUCUUCGCGUAUCUGGACGAAGUUGCGAAGGGAACACUGCUUUGGUUCCUCGUCUUUAGCUUGACCGGUGGGGCUGUGAAUGAUAUUGCUCAGGACGCGACUUCUUACGCCCACCGGGAUGCACUGUUUUACUUCGAGUCAUAUGGGAUUAGCUUGGUUAAGGUUUCAAAAACGACCAAGGACUUUAUUGCUGGCAUCAAUACAACGAUCAAGAAUGGAGUGCCAGGAGUAGAAGACCUUGGAUCGUAUGCAGGUUAUGUGGACCCGGAACUCCCGAAUGGACCGCAACAGUAUUGGCGUACGAAUCUUCCUAAAUUGGAGCAGAUUAAGGCCGUUGUCGAUCCCGGCGAUGUUUUUCAUAAUCCACAGAGCGUGAGGCCGGCGGGUUCAACAGGCAGACCGUCCAAGCUUGUGGUCGGAAAACGAGCCAAAUGGCGAUCUUUCUUCCGUCAUCGAAAAGGUCCAAAUUGA